GAAGCCACCUUGGUUAGGACUGUCAGAAAUAGUGGCUUUAACCGAAGAAAGGCCUGGGGCACGACUCCCUGUCAACGAGUUCCCUGCAUCCGAGAUAAAGAUUCUAGCUACAUGGGCAAACGCUUGGAACAGCAGCAAAUGUUCCCACAGUACACAUACUACUAUUCCCAUUAUCUCCAAACCAAGCAUUCCUAUGCACCAGCUUGCCAUCCCAUGGCUCCUCCCAGCCCCAGUAGUAAUAGUAGCAAUAACAAUAGCAACAGCAGCAAUGGUGAACAGUUGAGUAAAACCAACCUGUACAUCCGAGGCCUUCCUCCAGGCACCACUGACCAGGACCUAAUCAAACUGUGCCAGCCGUAUGGAAAAGUUGUAUCUACAAAAGCAAUCCUAGACAAAAACACAAAUCAAUGCAAAGGUUACGGUUUUGUAGAUUUUGAUAGUCCAGCAGCUGCACAGAAAGCCGUAGCAUCUCUUAAAGCAAAUGGUGUGCAAGCUCAGAUGGCUAAGCAACAAGAACAAGACCCCACAAAUCUUUAUAUCUCAAACUUGCCCAUUUCCAUGGAUGAGCAAGAGUUGGAGAAUAUGCUUAAACCUUUCGGACAUGUCAUUUCCACCAGAAUAUUAAGAGAUGCAACUGGUGUCAGUAGAGGAGUUGGAUUUUCCAGAAUGGAAUCCACUGAAAAAUGUGAAGCUGUAAUUCAACAUUUUAAUGGAAAAUACCUGAAAACACCACCAGGUGUGCCAGCCCCAACAGAACCUUUGCUGUGCAAAUUUGCUGAUGGAGGGCAAAAGAAACGACAGAAUCAAAGCAAAUAUAUCCAGAAUGGGAGACUCUGCCCAAGAGAAGGAGAGGUAAUGAGGGGCCACCCCCUCCCCCAGGUGCAAUUAGAGGAAGCUGGCAUGGCCUUGACAUAUGACCCUACAGCUACUAUACAUAAUGGAUUUUAUUCCUCAACGUACAAUAUUGCUACAAACCGCAUGAUUCCACAGACAUCUAUCACGCCAUUCAUUGCUGCUUCCCCUGUCUCCACAUAUCAGGUUCAGAGUACUUCAUGGAUGCCCCAUCCAUCAUAUGUUAUGCAACCAACAGGUGCUGUGUUAACGCCAGCAAUGGAUCAUACAAUGUCCAUGCAGCCAACAAGUAUGAUGGGCCCCUUGACACAACAGAUGAGUCAUCUUUCCUUGGGCACUACAGGAACAUAUAUGAUGACUGCUGCACCUUUGCAAGGGACCUAUAUUCCUCAGUACACUCCUGUGCCUCCAACAGCUGUCUCUCUUGAAGGUGUAGUUGCUGAUACCUCUCCACAGACAGUAGCAUCUUCAUCACAGGAAUCCAAUGGUCAACAGCAACAGAUAGCUGUCGAAACAUCCAGUGAACAUGCAUCUGCAUAUUCAUACCAACAGUCAAAGUAA